AUGCAGUCCAUCCUCUGGCUGCAAAGUUCAUUCCAGAGCAGCCUAUUCUCCGCCUGCUACUGCUACUGCUACGUUAGUUCCAACACCUACACCUUCAAAAUGCAGUCCAUCCUCUGGCUGCAAAGUUCAAUCCCAGAGCAGCCUAUUUUCCGCCUGCUACUGCUACCGCUACAUGCAGUCCAUCCUCUGGCUGCAAAGUUCAUUCCCAGAGAAGCCUAUUCUCCGCUUGCUACUGCUACUGCUACGUUAGUUCCAACACCUACACCUUCAAAGUUUGUUCCGAGGUGGUUCAGAUGCAGUCCAUCCUCUGGCUGCAAAGUUCAUUCCCAGAGCAGCCUAUUUUCCGCCUGCUACUGCUACUGCUACGUUAGUUCCAACACCUCCACCUUCAAAGUUUGUUCCGAGGUGGUUCAGAUGCAGUCCAUCCUCUGGCUGCAAAGUUCAUUCCAGAGCAGCCUAUACUCCGCCUGCUACUGCUGCUGCUACGUUAGUUCAAACACCUACACCUUCAAACCUGCUACUGCUAUUGCUACGUUAGUUCCAACACCUAAACCUUCAAAGUUUGUUCCGAGGUGGUUCAGAUGCAGUCCAUCCUCUGGCUGCAAAGUUCAUUCCAGAGCAGCCUAUUCUCCGCCUGCUACUGCUACUGCUACGAUAGUUCCAACACCUACACCUUCAAAGUUUGUUCCGAGGUGGUUUAGAUGUAGUCCAUCCUCUGGCUGCUAUUCUCCGUCUGCUACUGCUACUGCUACGUUAGUUCCAACACCUACACCUUCAAAGUUUGUUCCGAGAUGGUUCAGAUACAGUCCAUCCUCUGGCUGCAAAGUUCAUUCCAGAGCAGCCUAUUCUCUGCCUGCUACUGCUACUGCUACGUGGGCCGACGAGGCUUCACAGUCAUAUGUUUGGCAUAAGCUUCCCGACUACAGCAUGCAAGGAGACAUGCAUGGCUUUGUCAAGGUUCUCUUGGGAGCACUGGUUGAUGCUCGUGAUGGACCGCCACCCUAUGCUCCUCCUAGGAAGGAGGCGUCCUCAUCAAGUCGCAGCCCCUACAGCGGGGGUCGGUACGAGAGUGAGACUCCACAACCAAACUUCCCCAAGAGGAGAAGGCUUGGGAUGCGCACCUCCGCACCUCCCGCGACGGAAGUUCUUGUAGUCGAUAAGCAUAUCGACGAUGAAAAGGAACAUGAGGAGCACCUAAGGAUCACGUUGGAAACACUAAGAACGGAGAAGUUGUACGCCAAGUUCAGCAAAUGUGAUUUCUGGCUAAAGGAAGAAGCGGAGUUGAUUCGCGAUUUUAGCAAGAUGCGACUGGAGGUAGUGAGAGCUCCGGAGACUGUGAGGGGAAAGAUUGCCACCUUGGUAAUUGUAUCUGAUCUGCGGACAAGGAUAAUAGAAGGGCAACGAAAUGAUGAAAACUUGGAGAAAAUCCGACUGAAGGUGAGGAAGGGCGAUCAAGAGAAGUUUAGAGAAGAAGCUGAUAAUGCUCUCACCUACGAGGGGAGACUGUUCAGAUGUAGUCCAUCCUCUGGCUGCAAAGUUCAUUCCAGAGCAGCCUAUUCUCCGCCUGCUACUGCUACUGCUACGUUAGUUCCAACACCUCCACCUUCAAAGUUUGUUCCGAGGUGGUUCAGAUGCAGUCCAUCCUCUGGUUGCAAAGUUCAUUCCAGAGCAGCCUAUUCUCCGCCUGUUACUGCUACUGCUACGAUAGUUCCAACACCUACACCUUCAAAGUUUGUUCCGAGGUGGUUUAGAUGUAGUCCAUCCUCUGGUUGCUAUUCUCCGUCUGCUACUGCUACUGCUACGUUAGUUCCAACACCUACACCUUCAAAGUUUGUUCCGAGAUGGUUCAGAUGCAGUCCAUCCUCUGGCUGCAAAGUUCAUUCCAGAGCAGCCUAUUCUCUGCCUACUACUGCUACUGCUACGUUAGUUCCAACACCUACACCUUCAAAGUUUGUUCCGAGGUGGUUCAGAUGUAGUCCAUCCUCUGGCUGCAAAGUUCAUUCCAGAGCAGCCUAUUCUCAGCCUGCUACUGCUAUUGCUACGUUAGUUCCAACACCUAAACCUUCAAAGUUUGUUCCGAGGUGGUUCAGCUGCAGUCCAUCCUCUGGCUACAAAGUUCAUUCCAGAGCAGUCUAUUCUCCGCCUGCUACUGCUACUGCUACGAUAGUUCCAACACCUACACCUUCAAAGUUUGUUCCGAGGUGGUUUAGAUGUAGUCCAUCCUCUGGCUGUUAUUCUCCGUCUGCUACUGCUACUGCUACGUUAGUUCCAACACCUACACCUUCAAAGUUUUUUCCGAGAUGGUUCAGAUGCAGUCCAUCCUCUGGCUGCAAAGUUCAUUCCAAAGCAGCCUAUUCUCUGCCUGCUACUGCUACUGCUACGUUAGUUCCAACACCUACACCUUCAAAGUUUGUUCCGAGGUGGUUCAGAUGUAGUCCAUCCUCUGGCUGCAAAGUUCAUUCCAGAGCAGCCUAUUCUCCGCCUGCUACUGCUACAGCUACAUUAGUUCCAACACCUCCACCUUCAAAGUUUGUUCCGAGGUGGUUCAGAUGCAGUCCAUCCACUGGCUGCAAAGUUCAUUCCAGAGCAGCCUAUUCUCCGCCUGCUACUGCUACUGCUACGUUAGUUCCAACACCUACACCUUCAAAGUUUGUUCCUAGGUGGUUCAGAGGCAGUCCAUCCUCAGGCUGCAAAGUUCAUUUCCAGAGCAGCCUAUUCUCAGCCUGCUACUGCUAUUGCUACGUUAGUGGUUCAGAGGCAGUCCAUCCUCUGGCUGCAAAGUUCAUUUCCAGAGCAGCCUAUUCUCAGCCUGCUACUGCUAUUGCUACGUUAGUUCCAACACCUAAACCUUCAAAGUUUGUUCCGAGGUGGUUCAGAUGCAGUCCAUCCUCUGGCUGCAAAGUUCAUUCCAGAGCAGCCUAUUCUCCGCCUGUUACUGCUACUGCUACGAUAGUUCCAACACCUACACCUUCAAAGUUUGUUCCGAGGUGGUUUAGAUGCAGUCCAUCCUCUGGCUUCUAUUCUCCGUCUGCUACUGCUACUGCUACGUUAGUUCCAACACCUACACCUUCAAAGUUUGUUCCGAGAUUGUUCAGAUGCAGUCCAUCCUCUGGCCGCAAAGUUCAUUCCAGAGCAUCCUAUUCUCUGCCUGCUACUGCUAUUGCUACGUUAGUUCCAACACCUACACCUUCAAAGUUUGUUCCGAGGUGGUUCAGAUGCAGUCCAUCCUCUGGCUGCAAAGUUCUUACCAGAGCAGCCUAUUCUCCGCCUGCUACUGCUACUGCUACGUUAGUUCCAACACCUCCACCUUCAAAGUUUGUUCCGAGGUGGUUCAGAUACAGUCCAUCCUCGUGCUGCAAAGUUCAUUCCAGAGCAGCCUAUUCUCCACCUGCUACUGCUACUGCUACUGCUACAGCAGCCUAUUCUCCGCUUGCUACUGCUACUAAUACGUUAGUUCCAACACCUCCACCUUCAAAGUUUGUUCCGAGGUGGUUCAGAUACAGUCCAUCCUCUGGCUGCAAAGUUCAUUCCAGAGCAGCCUAUUCUCCGCCUGCUACUGCUAUUGCUACGUUAGUUCCAACACCUACACCUUCAAAGUUUGUUCCGGGGUGGUUCAGAUGCAGUCCAUCCUCUGGCUGCAAAGUUCAUUCCCAGAGCAGCCUAUUCUCCGCUUGCUACUGCUACUGCUACGUUAGUUCCAACACCUACACCUUCAAAGUUUGUUCCGAGGUGUUUCAGAUGCAGUCCAUCCUCUGGCUGCAAAGUUCAAUCCCAGAGCAGCCUAUUUUCCGCCUGCUACUGCUACCGCUACAUGCAGUCCAUCCUCUGGCUGCAAAGUUCAUUCCCAGAGAAGCCUAUUCUCCGCUUGCUACUGCUACUGCUACGUUAGUUCCAACACCUACACCUUCAAAGUUUGUUCCGAGGUGGUUCAGAUGCAGUCCAUCCUCUAGCUGCAAAGUUCAUUCCCAGAGCAGCCUAUUUUCCGCCUGCUACUGCUAUUGCUACGUUAGUUCCAACACCUACACCUUCAAAGUUUGUUCCGAGGUGGUUCAGAUGCAGUCCAUCCUCUGGCUGCAAAGUUCAUUCCAGAGCAGCCUAUACUCCGCCUGCUACUGCUACUGCUACGUUAGUUCAAACACCUACACCUUCAAAGUUUGUUCCGAGGUGGUUCAGAGGCAGUCCAUCCUCUGGCUGCAAAGUUCAUUUUCUAGAGCAACCUAUUCUCAGCCUGCUACUGCUAUUGCUACGUUAGUUCCAACACCUAAACCUUCAAAGUUUGUUCCGAGGUGGUUCAGCUGCAGUCCAUCCUCUGGCUACAAAGUUCAUUCCAGAGCAGCCUAUUCUCCGCCUGCUACUGCUACUGCUACGAUAGUUCCUACACCUACACCUUCAAAGUUUGUUCCGAGGUGGUUUAGAUGUAGUCCAUCCUCUGGCUGCUAUUCUCCGUCUGCUACUGCUACUGCUACGUUAGUUCCAACACCUACACCUUCAAAGUUUGUUCCGAGAUGGUUCAGAUGCAGUCUAUCCUCUGGUUGCAAAGUUCAUUCCAGAGCAGCCUAUUCUCUGCCUGGUACUGCUACUGCUACAUUAGUUCCAACACCUACACCUUCAAAGUUUGUUCCGAGUUUGUUCCGAGGUGGUUCAGAUGCAGUCCAUCCUCUGGCUGCAAAGUUCAUUCCAGAGCAGCCUAUACUCCGCCUGCUACUGCUACUGCUACAGGCAGUCCAUCCUCUGGCUGCAAAGUUCAUUUCUAGAGCAACCUAUUCUCAGCCUGCUACUGCUAUUGCUACGUUAGUUCCAACACCUAAACCUUCAAAGUUUGUUCCGAGGUGGUUCAGUUGCAGUCCAUCCUCUGGCUGCAAAGUUCUUACCAGAGCAGCCUAUUCUCCGCCUGCUACUGCUACUGCUACGUUAGUUCCAACACGUCCACCUUCAAAGUUUGUUCCGAGGUGGUUCAGAUACAGUCCAUCCUCGUGCUGCAAAGUUCAUUCCAGAGCAGCCUAUUCUCCACCUGCUACUGCUACUGCUACUGCUACAGCAGCCUAUUCUCCGCUUGCUACUGCUACUAAUACGUUAGUUCCAACACCUCCACCUUCAAAGUUUGUUCCGAGGUGGUUCAGAUACAGUCCAUCCUCUGGCUGCAAAGUUCAUUCCAGAGCAGCCUAUUCUCCGCCUGCUACUGCUAUUGCUACGUUAGUUCCAACACCUACACCUUCAAAGUUUGUUCCGGGGUGGUUCAGAUGCAGUCCAUCCUCUGGCUGCAAAGUUCAUUCCCAGAGCAGCCUAUUCUCCGCUUGCUACUGCUACUGCUACGUUAGUUCCAACACCUACACCUUCAAAGUUUGUUCCGAGGUGUUUAAGAUGCAGUCCAUCCUCUGGCUGCAAAGUUCAAUCCCAGAGCAGCCUAUUUUCCGCCUGCUACUGCUACCGCUACAUGCAGUCCAUCCUCUGGCUGCAAAGUUCAUUCCCAGAGAAGCCUAUUCUCCGCUUGCUACUGCUACUGCUACGUUAGUUCCAACACCUACACCUUCAAAGUUUGUUCCGAGGUGGUUCAGAUGCAGUCCAUCCUCUAGCUGCAAAGUUCAUUCCCAGAGCAGCCUAUUUUCCGCCUGCUACUGCUACUGCUAUGUUAGUUCCAACACCUACACCUUCAAAGUUUGUUCCGAGGUGGUUCAGAUGCAGUCCAUCCUCUGGCUGCAAAGUUCAUUCCAGAGCAGCCUAUACUCCGCCUGCUACUGCUACUGCUACGUUAGUUCAAACACCUACACCUUCAAAGUUUGUUCCGAGGUGGUUCAGAGGCAGUCCAUCCUCUGGCUGCAAAGUUCAUUUUCUAGAGCAACCUAUUCUCAGCCUGCUACUGCUAUUGCUACGUUAGUUCCAACACCUAAACCUUCAAAGUUUGUUCCGAGGUGGUUCAGCUGCAGUCCAUCCUCUGGCUACAAAGUUCAUUCCAGAGCAGCCUAUUCUCCACCUGCUACUGCUACUGCUACGAUAGUUCCUACACCUACACCUUCAAAGUUUGUUCCGAGGUGGUUUAGAUGUAGUCCAUCCUCUGGCUGCUAUUCUCCGUCUGCUACUGCUACUGCUACGUUAGUUCCAACACCUACACCUUCAAAGUUUGUUCCGAGAUGGUUCAGAUGCAGUCUAUCCUCUGGUUGCAAAGUUCAUUCCAGAGCAGCCUAUUCUCUGCCUGGUACUGCUACUGCUACAUUAGUUCCAACACCUACACCUUCAAAGUUUGUUCCGAGUUUGUUCCGAGGUGGUUCAGAUGCAGUCCAUCCUCUGGCUGCAAAGUUCAUUCCAGAGCAGCCUAUACUCCGCCUGCUACUGCUACUGCUACAGGCAGUCCAUCCUCUGGCUGCAAAGUUCAUUUCUAGAGCAACCUAUUCUCAGCCUGCUACUGCUAUUGCUACGUUAGUUCCAACACCUAAACCUUCAAAGUUUGUUCCGAGGUGGUUCAGUUGCAGUCCAUCCUCUGGCUACAAAGUUCAUUCCAGAGCAGCCUAUUCUCCGCCUGCUACUGCUACUGCUACGAUAGUUCCAACACCUACACCUUCAAAGUUUGUUCCGAGGUGGUUUAGAUGUAGUCCAUCCUCUGGCUGCUAUUCUCCGUCUGCUACUGCUACUGCUACGUUAGUUCCAACACCUACACCUUCAAAGUUUGUUCCGAGGUGGUUCAGAUGUAGUCCAUCAUCUGGCUGCAAAGUUCAUUCCAGAGCAGCCUAUUCUCCGCCUGCUACUGCUACUGCUACGUUAGUUCCAACACCUCCACCUUCAAAGUUUGUUCCGAGGUGGUUCAGAUGCAGUCCAUCCUCUGGCUGCAAAGUUCAUUCCAGAGCAGCCUAUUCUCCGCCUGCUACUGCUACUGCUACGUUAGUUCCAACACCUACACCUUCAAAAUGCAGUCAAUCCUCUGGCUGCAAAGUUCAAUCCCAGAGCAGCCUAUUUUCCGCCUGCUACUGCUACCGCUACGUUAGUUCCAACACCUACACCUUCAAAGUUUGUUCCGAGGUGGUUCAGAUGCAGUCCAUCCUCUGGCUGCAAAGUUCAUUCCCAGAGAAGCCUAUUCUCCGCUUGCUACUGCUACUGCUACGUAAGUUCCAACACCUACACCUUCAAAGUUUGUUCCGAGGUGGUUCAGAUGCAGUCCAUCCUCUGGCUGCAAAGUUCAUUCCCAGAGCAGCCUAUUUUCCGCCUGCUACUGCUACUGCUACAGCAACCUAUUCUCAGCCUGCUACUGCUAUUGCUACGUUAGUUCCAACACCUAAACCUUCAAAGUUUGUUCCGAGGUGGUUCAGCUGCAGUCCAUCCUCUGGCUACAAAGUUCAUUCCAGAGCAGCCUAUUCUCCGCCUGCUACUGCUACUGCUACGAUAGUUCCUACACCUACACCUUCAAAGUUUGUUCCGAGGUGGUUUAGAUGUAGUCCAUCCUCUGGCUGCUAUUCUCCGUCUGCUACUGCUACUGCUACGUUAGUUCCAACACCUACACCUUCAAAGUUUGUUCCGAGAUGGUUCAGAUGCAGUCUAUCCUCUGGUUGCAAAGUUCAUUCCAGAGCAGCCUAUUCUCUGCCUGGUACUGCUACUGCUACAUUAGUUCCAACACCUACACCUUCAAAGUUUGUUCCGAGUUUGUUCCGAGGUGGUUCAGAUGCAGUCCAUCCUCUGGCUGCAAAGUUCAUUUCUAGAGCAACCUAUUCUCAGCCUGCUACUGCUAUUGCUACGUUAGUUCCAACACCUAAACCUUCAAAGUUUGUUCCGAGGUGGUUCAGUUGCAGUCCAUCCUCUGGCUACAAAGUUCAUUCCAGAGCAGCCUAUUCUCCGCCUGCUACUGCUACUGCUACGAUAGUUCCAACACCUACACCUUCAAAGUUUGUUCCGAGGUGGUUUAGAUGUAGUCCAUCCUCUGGCUGCUAUUCUCCGUCUGCUACUGCUACUGCUACGUUAGUUCCAACACCUACACCUUCAAAGUUUGUUCCGAGGUGGUUCAGAUGUAGUCCAUCCUCUGGCUGCAAAGUUCAUUCCAGAGCAGCCUAUUCUCCGCCUGCUACUGCUACUGCUACGUUAGUUCCAACACCUCCACCUUCAAAGUUUGUUCCGAGGUGGUUUAGAUGCAGUCCAUCCUCUGGCUGCAAAGUUCAUUCUAGAGCAGCCUAUUCUCCGCCUGCUACUGCUACUGCUACGUUAGUUCCAACACCUACACCUUCAAAAUGCAGUCCAUCCUCUGGCUGCAAAGUUCAUUCCAGAGCAGCCUAUUCUCCGCCUGUUACUGCUACUGCUACUGCUACGUUAGUUCCAACACCUACACCUUCAAAGUUUGUUCCGAGGUGGUUCAGAUGCAGUCCAUCCUCUGGCUGCAAAGUUCAUUCCAGAGCAGCCUAUUCUCCGCUUGCUACUGCUACUGCUACGUUAGUUCCAACACCUCCACCUUCAAAGUUUGUUCCGAGGUGGUUCAGAUACAGUCCAUCCUCUGGCUGCAAAGUUCAUUCCAGAGCAGCCUAUUCUCCGCCUGCUACUGCUACUGCUACGUUAGUUCCAACACCUACACCUUCAAAGUUUGUUCCGGGGUGGUUCAGAUACAAUCUAUCCUCGUGCUGUAAAGUUCAUUCCAGAGCAGCCUAUUCUCCACCUGCUACUGCUACUGCUACUGCUACGUUAGUUCCAACACCUACACCUUCAAAGUUUGUUCCGAGGUGGUUCAGAUGCAGUCCAUCCUCUGGCUGCAAAGUUCAUUCCAGAGCAGCCUAUAUUCCGCCAGCUACUGCUACUGCUACGUUAGUUCCAACACCUACACCUUUAAAGUUUGUUCCGAGGUGGUUCAGAUGCAGUCCAUCCUCUGGCUGCAAAGUUCAUUCCCAGAGCAGCCUAUUCUCCGCUUGCUACUGCUACUGCUACGUUAGUUCCAACACCUACACCUUCAAAGUUUGUUCCGAGGUGGUUCAGAUGCAGUCCAUCCUCUGGCUGCAAAGUUCAUUCCCAGAGCAGCCUAUUUUCCGCCUGCUACUGCUACCGCUACAUGCAGUCCAUCCUCUGGCUGCAAAGUUCAUUCCCAGAGAAGCCUAUUCUCCGCUUGCUACUGCUACUGCUACGUUAGUUCCAACACCUACACCUUCAAAGUUUGUUCCGGGUGGUUCAGAUGCAGUCCAUCCUCUGGCUGCAAAGUUCAUUCCCAGAGCAGCCUAUUUUCCGCCUGCUACUGCUACUGCUACGUUAGUUCCAACACCUACACCUUCAAAGUUUGUUCCGAGUUUGUUCCGAGGUGGUUCAGAGGCAGUCCAUCCUCUGGCUGCAAAGUUCAUUUCUAGAGCAACCUAUUCUCAGCCUGCUACUGCUAUUGCUACGUUAGUUCCAACACCUAAACCUUCAAAGUUUGUUCCGAGGUGGUUCAGCUGCAGUCCAUCCUCUGGCUACAAAGUUCAUUCCAGAGCAGCCUAUUCUCCGCCUGCUACUGCUACUGCUACGAUAGUUCCAACACCUACACCUUCAAAGUUUGUUCCGAGGUGGUUUAGAUGUAGUCCAUCCUCUGGCUGCUAUUCUCCGUCUGCUACUGCUACUGCUACGUUAGUUCCAACACCUACACCUUCAAAGUUUGUUCCGAGAUGGUUCAGAUGCAGUCCAUCCUCUGGCUGCAAAGUUCAUUCCAGAGCAGCCUAUUCUCUGCCUGCUACUGCUACUGCUACUGCUACAUUAGUUCCAACACUUACACCUUCAAAGUUUGUUCCGAGGUGGUUCAGAUGCAGUCCAUCCUCUGGCUGCAAAGUUCAUUCCCAGAGCAGCCUAUUUUCCGCCUGCUACUGCUACUGCUACGUUAGUUCCAACACCUACACCUUCAAAGUUUGUUCCGAGGUGGUUCAGAUGCAGUCCAUCCUCUGGCUGCAAAGUUCAUUCCCAGAGCAGCCUAUUCUCCGCUUGCUACUGCUACUGCUACAUGCAGUCCAUCCUCUGGCUGCAAAGUUCAUUCCCAGAGAAGCCUAUUCUCCGCUUGCUACUGCUACUGCUACGUUAGUUCCAACACCUACACCUUCAAAGUUUGUUCCGAGGUGGUUCAGAUGCAGUCCAUCCUCUGGCUGCAAAGUUCAUUCCCAGAGCAGCCUAUUUUCCGCCUACUACUGCUACUGCUACGUUAGUUCCAACACCUACACCUUCAAAGUUUGUUCCGAGGUGGUUCAGAUGCAGUCCAUCCUCUGGCUGCAAAGUUCAUUCCAGAGCAGCCUAUACUCCGCCUGCUACUGCUACUGCUACCCUGCUACUGCUAUUGCUACGUUAGUUCCAACACCUAAACCUUCAAAGUUUGUUCCGAGGUGGUUCAGCUGCAGUCCAUCCUCUGGCUACAAAGUUCAUUCCAGAGCAGCAUAUUCUCCGCCUGCUACUGCUACUGCUACGAUAGUUCCAACACCUACACCUUCAAAGUUUGUUCCGAGUUUGUUCCGAGGUGGUUCAGAGGCAGUCCAUCCUCUGGCUGCAAAGUUCAUUUCUAGAGCAACCUAUUCUCAGCCUGCUACUGCUAUUGCUACGUUAGUUCCAACACCUAAACCUUCAAAGUUUGUUCCGAGGUGGUUCAGCUGCAGUCCAUCCUCUGGCUACAAAGUUCAUUCCAGAGCAGCCUAUUCUCCGCCUGCUACUGCUACUGCUACGAUAGUUCCAACACCUACACCUUCAAAUUUGUUCCGAGGUGGUUCAGAUGCAGUCCAUCCUCUGGCUGCAAAGUUCAUUCCCAGAGCAGCCUAUUUUCCGCCUGCUACUGCUACUGCUACGUUAGUUCCAAUACCUACACCUUCAAAGUUUGUUCCGAGGUGGUUCAGAUGCAGUCCAUCCUCUGGCUGCAAAGUUCAUUCCCAGAGCAGCCUAUUCUCCGCUUGCUACAGCUACUGCUACGUUAGUUCCAACACCUACACCUUCAAAGUUUGUUCCGAGGUGGUUCAGAUGCAGUCCAUCCUCUGGCUGCAAAGUUCAUUCCCAGAGCAGCCUAUUUUCCGCCUGCUACUGCUACCGCUACAUGCAGUCCAUCCUCUGGCUGCAAAGUUCAUUCCCAGAGAAGCCUAUUCUCCGCUUGCUACUGCUACUGCUACGUUAGUUCCAACACCUACACCUUCAAAGUUUGUUCCGGGUGGUUCAGAUGCAGUCCAUCCUCUGGCUGCAAAGUUCAUUCCCAGAGCAGCCUAUUUUCCGCCUGCUACUGCUACUGCUACGUUAGUUCCAACACCUACACCUUCAAAGUUUGUUCCGAGAUGGUUCAGAUGCAGUCCAUCCUCUGGCUGCAAAGUUCAUUCCAGAGCAUCCUAUUCUCUGCCUGCUACUGCUACUGCUACGUUAGUUCCAACACCUACACCUUCAAAGUUUGUUCCGAGGUGGUUCAGAUGCAGUCCAUCCUCUGGCUGCAAAGUUCUUACCAGAGCAGCCUAUUCUCCGCCUGCUACUGCUACUGCUACGUUAGUUCCAACACCUCCACUUUCAAAGUUUGUUCCGAGGUGGUUCAGAUACAGUCUAUCCUCGUGCUGCAAAGUUCAUUCCAGAGCAGCCUAUUCUCCACCUGCUACUGCUACUGCUACUGCUACGUUAGUUCCAACACCUACACCUUCAAAGUUUGUUCCGAGGUGGUUCAGAUGCAGUCCAUCCUCUGGCUGCAAAGUUCAUUCCAGAGCAGCCUAUUCUCCGCUUGCUACUGCUACUGCUACGUUAGUUCCAACACCUCCACCUUCAAAGUUUGUUCCGAGGUGGUUCAGAUACAGUCCAUCCUCUGGCUGCAAAGUUCAUUCCAGAGCAGCCUAUUCUCCGCCUGCUACUGCUACUGCUACGUUAGUUCCAACACCUACACCUUCAAAGUUUGUUCCGGGGUGGUUCAGAUGCAGUCCAUCCUCUGGCUGCAAAGUUCAUUCCCAGAGCAGCCUAUUCUCCGCUUGCUACUGCUACUGCUACGUUAGUUCCAACACCUACACCUUCAAAGUUUGUUCCGAGGUGGUUCAGAUGCAGUCCAUCCUCUGGCUGCAAAGUUCAUUCCCAGAGCAGCCUAUUUUCCGCCUGCUACUGCUACCGCUACAUGCAGUCCAUCCUCUGGCUGCAAAGUUCAUUCCCAGAGAAGCCUAUUCUCCGCUUGCUACUGCUACUGCUACUGCUACGUUAGUUCCAACACCUACACCUUCAAAGUUUGUUCCGAGGUGGUUCAGAUGCAGUCCAUCCUCUGGCUGCAAAGUUCAUUCCCAGAGCAGCCUAUUUUCCGCCUGCUACUGCUACUGCUACGUUAGUUCCAACACCUACACCUUCAAACCUGCUACUGCUAUUGCUACGUUAGUUCCAACACCUAAACCUUCAAAGUUUGUUCCGAGGUGGUUCAGCUGCAGUCCAUCCUCUGGCUACAAAGUUCAUUCCAGAGCAGCCUAUUCUCCGCCUGCUACUGCUACUGCUACGAUAGUUCCAACACCUACACCUUCAAAGUUUGUUCCGAGGUGGUUUAGAUGUAGUCCAUCCUCUGGCUGCUAUUCUCCGUCUGCUACUGCUACUGCUACGUUAGUUCCAACACCUACACCUUCAAAGUUUGUUCCGAGAUGGUUCAGAUGCAGUCCAUCCUCUGGCUGCAAAGUUCAUUCCAGAGCAGCCUAUUCUCUGCCUGCUACUGCUACUGCUACAUUAGUUUCAACACCUACACCUUCAAAGUUUGUUCCGAGGUGGUUCAGAUGCAGUCCAUCCUCUGGCUGCAAAGUUCAUUCCCAGAGCAGCCUAUUUUCCGCCUGCUACUGCUACUGCUACGUUAGUUCCAACACCUACACCUUCAAAGUUUGUUCCGAGGUGGUUCAGAUGCAGUCCAUCCUCUGGCUGCAAAGUUCAUUCCCAGAGAAGCCUAUUCUCCGCCUGCUACUGCUACUGCUACAGGCAGUCCAUCCUCUGGCUGCAAAGUUCAUUUCUAGAGCAACCUAUUCUCAGCCUGCUACUGCUAUUGCUACGUUAGUUCCAACACCUAAACCUUCAAAGUUUGUUCCGAGGUGGUUCAGUUGCAGUCCAUCCUCUGGCUACAAAGUUCAUUCCAGAGCAGCCUAUUCUCCGCCUGCUACUGCUACUGCUACGAUAGUUCCAACACCUACACCUUCAAAGUUUGUUCCGAGGUGGUUUAGAUGUAGUCCAUCCUCUGGCUGCUAUUCUCCGUCUGCUACUGCUACUGCUACGUUAGUUCCAACACCUACACCUUCAAAGUUUGUUCCGAGAUGGUUCAGAUGCAGUCCAUCCUCUGGCUGCAAAGUUCAUUCCAGAGCAGCCUAUUCUCUGCCUGCUACUGCUACUGCUACAUUAGUUUCAACACCUACACCUUCAAAGUUUGUUCCGAGGUGGUUCAGAUGCAGUCCAUCCUCUGGCUGCAAAGUUCAUUCCCAGAGCAGCCUAUUUUCCGCCUGCUACUGCUACUGCUACGUUAGUUCCAACACCUACACCUUCAAAGUUUGUUCCGAGGUGGUUCAGAUGCAGUCCAUCCUCUGGCUGCAAAGUUCAUUCCCAGAGAAGCCUAUUCUCCGCCUGCUACUGCUACUGCUACGUUAG